AUGUGCAUCCUCCUCUGCUACACCUACGCAACUUGUCCACACGUUGCUAAGAGCGGUAUCUAUACCUGCUACGCUGCUAAGACUUCCGGCCGAGGCUUCGACGAGAUGUGCACGAAAUUCAAGGUCACGAGUCAGAAGUUGCGGUGGAAGAAGGAGCCGAAGCGCUGUGAGUCAUGUUUGGAAGCUUUUGGUGAGGAGGUGCUGGUUAGGCGGAUGAGGAUUGGGAAGGUUAAGAAGGAGGUUCGGGAGAUGGGAGAAGUGGAGAGUGGAGGAGGCGAUAGCGGUGGUAGGGUGAAAGUAAGGGAGGUCGUGAAGGAUGUCGGAAAUGGACAAGAGGCGCCGGCUGGAGACGAGAUCAUGGAGGGAGAGAAGGUCGCUGGAGAGGAUUCGAAGGUAAAGAACACGGGUUGAAGAAUUCCCAGUUGCGGAAGAACUCACGGCAUCAGUCUGGAAUCACCACUCGUGGCAUUGGAACGUAUAUUUGCUUUCGAAAUAUGGCAGGAGUCGCACCUGUAACAAUGCA